GUUCUGAUAUUUCCAUUGACGUGGUACAUUACAAAACAUGUUGAAUGUCAAAACUCAUAUUUUCGAGAAUGUUUAUGAGGGGUCAGUAUGGUGACAUGACAGCAUGAGCAAUCCAUCAAGCAUUUGAUAUGAAAGUUAUUCUGCCAGCUAAAUUUUCACAAACCGUAAUCAGUUUUUGCAACAUAUUCCAUGUGAUGCAAUUUUGUAAAAACUGCUGUUGACUGGUUGACUGUCCUGUUUGAUGAACUUUACAUUUACUACAGAAAAACCUGUUUGUCAGGUGGCUUAUUUUUUUUGUGAAAUUUUGAUUUGAACUUUUCAAAGUUUAUCAUAACCAGCAAAAUGUAUGUAACACUUUUAUCAAAAGGGUUCUAUCGUUCAGGGGUGACAUGUUACAGUUUCAAACAAGGACUGAUUCUUCAAACAAAGGCAUGUUUGAGGGAAUCCUUAUUUAAAAGAAACUUUGUGACAACACGCUCUAGAUUUUGCAAAAAUGGGGAAAGAGCUAAAACUGAUACAAAGUCUACAAAAAGUGUCCCAAAAGUUUCUGAAUUGAGAAGAUUAUUCAAAGCUGCAUAUCCAGAACGAUGGAAAAUAGCAGGUGCUGUUGGUUUUCUGGUGAUCUCAAGUUCUGUAACUCUUGCAGUUCCAUUCUGUAUGGGUAAAGUGAUAGACGUAAUAAACACAUCAGCAAAGGAUGGAACUAUAAUGGAGAAACUGACAUCUAUUUGUUCUGUUCUGUUAGUUGUGUUUGUGAUAGGAGGUCUAGCAAAUUUUGGAAGAUUUUAUUUGAUGCAAAUAUCAGAACAGAGAAUAGUUCUGCAGAUUAGGGAAAAACUAUUUUCGUCCAUCAUGAAACAAGAAAUAGGAUUUUUUGAUAAGACUAAAACAGGGGAGAUAAUAAGUCGUCUGUCGUCUGAUGCUACAAUGAUAGGUAACUCUGUAACUUUCAACAUAUCUGAUGGUCUGAGAGCUUUUGCACAGGCUGGAGGUUCUAUAGGAAUGAUGUUAUAUGUUUCCCCAAAGCUUGCAAUGGUUGCCUUAGGGAUAGUACCACCUAUUGCUGUGAUGUCUAUUAUUUAUGGAAGAUAUGUUAAAAAAAUUACAAGAAAAGUGCAAGAUUCCUUGGCAGGUGCUACCUCUGUUGCAGAAGAGAAGAUAAGCAAUAUUCGAACUGUGAGAUCUUUCACAAAGGAAGAUUUGGAGAUAGCUACUUACAAUAGUUCCCUAGAUAAAGUUCUACAGUUGGCAUAUAAACAGGCUCUAGCUGGGGCUGUGUUCUGGGGAUCUACUGGUUUAUCAGGAAAUGUGAUUGUAUUAUCUGUGUUCUAUGGAGGAGGAUAUAUGAUGAGCCAGUCUAUGUUAACUAUUGGCGACUUGUCCGCAUUUAUUCUCUAUGCAGCUUAUGUUGGUGUUGCCAUGGGAGGUAUGACAUCAUUUUACUCUGAAUUAAUGAAAGGACUUGGUGCAUCAACAAGAAUUUGGGAACUGACCGAUAGAACCCCUCUAGUGCCGUUCUCAGGUGGUUUAAAACCACAGAGCCCUGUUCAAGGUGAGAUUGAAUUUCGAGAUGUAAAUUUCAACUACCCCACCAGACAAGAAGCAAAGGUGCUGUCAGGUUUGAACCUCAGUAUACCAGCAGGUACAGUGACAGCUGUGGUUGGUUCUAGUGGCUCAGGGAAGUCAACCAUUGGUACCCUGCUCUUAAGGUUUUAUGAUCCAGAUGCUGGGUCAGUAUAUUUGGAUGGACAGGAUAUUAAAAGUAUAGAUCCAGGCUGGCUCAGAAAUCAGAUAGGAGUGGUUAGUCAGGAACCAGCCUUAUUUUCAUGUUCAAUAGCAGACAACAUUAAAUACGGAGCCAGUGAUCCUAGCACAGUUACCAUGGAGAUGAUAGAAGAUGCUGCACGGAAAGCUAAUGCCUAUAUGUUUAUCAGAAACUUUCCUCAACAAUUUGACACACUUGUUGGUGAACGAGGACUUUCAUUGUCAGGAGGGCAAAAACAAAGGAUAGCCUUAGCUAGAGCUAUCAUAAAGGACCCCAAAAUUUUAUUGCUGGAUGAAGCAACAAGUGCACUAGAUUCGGAGAGUGAAUAUUAUGUAAAGGAAGCCUUGAAUCGACUUAUGGUCGGCAGAACUGUUAUAACAAUAGCACAUCGACUGUCAACAAUCAAAACGGCCAAUCAGAUCGCAGUACUCGACCAUGGACGUGUUCUUGAACUCGGAUCUUAUGAACAGCUUGCAGCAAUGGAUGAUGGCAUUUUUAGAAAACUUGUAGAAAAGCAGACUAUAAUGUCUUGAUGUUAAUAAACGGGUAUAAAUAUUGGCAUUAUACACAGCUGUUUUAUUUAAAUUACUUUCAUAAUCAAAAUUUAAAGAUCAUUCCAUUUUGUUCAAGUUAUGAGCCAGUAACAGUGGUGCUACUUCUGGUGAAAUGAAUGACUGAUAUUGUGUAUGUGCCAUUUGUUUCAUUUCAAGCAUUUCAUACAUGAUGCCAUACUUAAAAUUUAAGUAAAACGUAAUUGUUGAUAUUGAAAAAUUAAGGGUGUAAUAUUUAAUGACAUUAGAUUAAAUUUGUUUUGAAAGAGGAGUAGGAACAUAAUUAUUAAAGUGUCUGUCUUUCAACACAGGGCUAGUUCAAUAAUUUAAUUGGGUUCACAACUAUAUUUCCACAUUUUAUGCAAGUCCAUGAAUUAGACAAUAAUUAUUAUCAGAGUUUCAUAUUUGAACUUAAGGGUUGUAAAGUUAUACUCGACUGAUUUGUAUUGUGAGGAGAAAGUAAUAAUUACCUAGAUGUCUUUCAUGCUAUUAAUUGUAAAUAUGGUGGUAGUAUGAAUUAUUGUUUUUAAUUAUGUGUAUAAUUUAAUAUUUGGGUUCUUUCAUGUGAGGAAGCUAUAGAGCUAGCUUACAGGUGGGUGGUUCUACUUAAAGGCUCACUCCUGCCUGAAUUAUUGUACAAAGGGGCACCAGAGGUCUUGCUCCACCAUUAAAGCUGGAAAGUUACCAUAUGAACGUAUGGUGUUGGUGCAACUUAAAACCCAAUUAAGGAAAAACUAUCAUAGAUUUAAGUUGCAUAGUAUCUUACAUGCAUAGUUUAAGAUGAAUUAUUGGAAAGGUGAACAGAGGUUGUAAAGCAAGUCGAAAGAGGAUCUUUUUUUCAGGAGAACCUGUUAAAAAUUUAAGUUAAUUGUACUUUGUGUAAUGUGGCAUUAUUUAACAAUCUUGAUAUUAAAUUAGCAGUACAUGUGUAUAUACAUGUACAUGUAUGAUUCACACAAUGUUAAGGGUUGUUGGUCUUUUUUUCAGCUUGGUUAUUCGAGGGCCAUCUUAUUCACUUCUUACCUGGAGUGACACUUGCCUUUAAGGUUUUGUGAAUAACUUCAUAUCUCACUAACAACUUGAUUUAAUAAAUACACAAAUGUUCUUUGAAUUGGAUUAAUUGCCUUUGUAAACUUAAAAAGAUCCUGUUCAUUGUAAAAGUUCUUGUUUCACUAUCAAGCAUUUAAUAUAGUUGAAAGCAUUGGUUUUCUUGCUGUUCUUGUAUAGUACUAAAUAUGAUAUACUAUCACAAGUCAAUUUAGACUAUACGUGUUGAGAAUUUAGCUGUGUGAACCAGUUUGAAUAAUUUUAUAUAAUGGUUCAUAAUUAUAAAUAAGUGACUUGGUGUAAGAUUUGUUAAUUUUCAUACAGGUAGCUUAGCUAAUGACUGCCAAAACAUCUUUAGAUAUACAUUUUAAUGUUACAUAUGAUAAAGUUGAUGUUUUUCGAAAUUUUAUAUUUUGAUUUCAUGACUUGUAAAAAUAAAAUGGAUGAAUUAUAUUA